UCUCCGAAUAUUUUUGCGUAGCCUUCUUUUUCUUUUUAUUUUAUUUGGCGACAGCUUGAGAGUUGACUCGUCGCCUAUAAAUAUCCCAAAUAACUCCCUCACCUGUUUUAUGCAAACACCACACCUGCACUGCACUCACCAUUUUCAUUCCAUGCCUAGCUUUCUUUCUCUAAUUUUCCUUUCCUGAGAAACAAACACAAAAAGGAAAAUCCGCCAAGAAAACGAAGUUUUGCUAAUUCUAAAAGAGUGAAAAGCUUCUGAAUUGAGUCAUGGCUAAGGAAUUACAGGUUCUGAAUGCUCUUGAUGUUGCAAAAACACAAUGGUACCAUUUCACUGCGAUUAUCAUAGCCGGAAUGGGAUUUUUCACCGAUGCAUACGACCUGUUUUGCAUAUCUCUGGUGACGAAAUUGCUCGGCCGCAUAUACUACCAUGUUGAAGGUGCAGAAAAGCCUGGAACUUUGCCUCCUAAUGUAGCGGCUGCUGUUAAUGGUGUAGCAUUCUGCGGAACUCUGGCAGGCCAGCUCUUCUUCGGGUGGCUCGGUGACAAGAUGGGGAGGAAGAAAGUCUAUGGUAUGACUCUUAUGAUUAUGGUGAUCUGCUCAGUGGCUUCAGGUCUUUCUUUUGGCCACAGUCCUAACUCUGUAAUGGCAACUCUUUGCUUCUUCCGGUUCUGGCUCGGUUUUGGCAUCGGCGGCGACUAUCCACUUUCCGCUACGAUCAUGUCCGAGUAUGCUAACAAGAAAACUAGGGGUGCUUUUAUUGCUGCUGUAUUUGCUAUGCAGGGAUUUGGAAUUUUAGCAGGAGGUAUUUUUGCUAUAAUUAUAGCGUCGGCCUUUAAGGCUGGAUUCCCUGCUCCUGCUUACGAGGUUGAUGCAAUCGCGUCGACUAUAUCGCAAGCAGAUUAUGUCUGGCGUAUAAUUGUGAUGAUUGGAGCAAUCCCUGCUGCACUUACCUACUAUUGGAGGAUGAAGAUGCCUGAAACGGCUCGUUAUACCGCCCUUGUCGCCAAGAAUGCAAAACAGGCUGCUUCUGAUAUGUCGAAAGUUCUGCAGGUGGAUAUUGAGGCAGAAGAGCAAAAGGUGGAGCAGAUUUCUCAGGAUCAGUCCAACGGAUUCGGUUUGUUUUCUAAACAGUUUCUUCACCGCCACGGACUACACUUGCUUGGCACAACAUCGACGUGGUUCUUGCUCGACAUUGCAUUCUACAGCCAAAAUCUAUUCCAGAAGGACAUCUUUAGCGCUGUUGGGUGGAUCCCUCCUGCAAAGACCAUGAAUGCUAUUGAAGAGGUUUAUAAAAUUGCUAGAGCACAGACAAUUAUCGCUCUAUGCAGUACUGUGCCUGGCUACUGGUUUACAGUCGCGUUCAUCGACAGAAUCGGAAGAUUUGCAAUCCAAUUGAUGGGUUUCUUCUUCAUGACAGUGUUCAUGUUUGCCUUGGCAAUUCCAUACGAUCACUGGACACACAAGGACAACAGAAUCGGAUUCGUCGUGAUGUACUCCUUAACCUUUUUCUUUGCAAACUUCGGACCUAAUGCCACCACAUUCGUAGUACCAGCCGAAAUUUUCCCAGCAAGGUUAAGGUCAACAUGCCAUGGAAUAUCAGCAGCAUCAGGAAAGCUCGGCGCAAUAGUUGGCGCAUUCGGAUUCUUGUAUUUGGCUCAGAACAAAGACAAGGCCUUGGCAGAUGCAGGGUACCCUGCAGGCAUUGGUAUGAAGAAUUCACUUAUUAUAUUGGGUGUAGUCAACGGCUUAGGCAUGCUGUUCACUUUCUUGGUACCGGAAUCGAAAGGAAGGUCUCUCGAAGAGAUGUCCGGUGAAAACGAGGACGAUAACGAGAACGUGGAGCAAAGCUCAAAUCACAACAGGACGGUUCCGGUUUAGAUUAUAGUCCAGAAGCAAGCAAGUUGGCUAGAAUAAAUUUGAACUUGUACUAGUCCUCUGCAUUUUAAGUUUCAAGAAAAGUUUGUAUCUUUUUUAUUUUAUUUUUCAAUAUUGUCCUUAUUCUAUAACUCUACUUCUUUUUUGUACUUAAUGUAGUCAUAUGCUGCUGGAACUUGAGAAUAUAAUAGAUGAUCAUUUUUACUAA